AUGAUUAUAAUAGCAACUUAACCAAUGGAUGGAAAAGGUUUAACUAAAAAUAAAAUAAUUGAUUUUUUCGAUUCUGGAAGAAAUGUUUUUAUUGCGUCUGAUAUAGACGCAUCUAAAACUAUAAGAUAGAUUUUUAAUGAAUUCGGAGUAGAUUUAGAUAGCAUAGGUUCUAGUGUUUUAGAUCAUUUUAAUUAUGCAGAUUAAAUUGAUAAUAAUUAAAUAUUUUCGAAUAAUAUAAUUAAUUAACCUGUUAUUUGUCCUUAAUUAAAAUAUCCUAUUUUAUAUAAAGGAUCAGGUAUUUCUAUGGCUCCUUAUGAAAUGAAUCAAGUUUAUGGAAUAUUAAGAGCAGAAGAUACUACUUAUUCAUAUAAUUAUGAAAAAAGUGAAACAGAAAAUACUGGAAAUCACAUUAUUUUAGUUGCAGGAGUUUAAGGAAGAAAUAAUGCAAGAGCUAUUUUAACUGGAUCAAUAGAAUUAUUUAGUAAUGAAUUUUACAAAUAAGAAAAAUUUUCAAAUAGAGAAUUUAUGUAAAAUAUAAUGUUAUGGAAUUUCGGAGAAACUGGUAUAUUAAAAGUAGGAAAAAUAAAUAAUACUUUAGAUGGAUAAUCUUAAAAAGUUACUGAAUAUAGAGUAGGAGAUAAAUGCGAAUAUUCAAUUGAAAUAUUUAUGUGGAAUAGAUUAACAAAUACUUGGAAUCCUUACGUUACAGAUGAUCUUACAGUCGAAUUUAUUAUGUUGGAUCCUUAUGUUAGAAUGCCUUUGAAAAAUGUUUAAAAUACAGCACUUUAUAAAGCAAAAUUUUAAGUUCCUGAAAAACAUGGUGUAUUCAAAUUUAAUAUAAAAUAUGAAAAACCUGGAUUUAAUUUUAUUUACGAAGCAACAAAAGUUACUGUUAGACCUUUUAAACAUAAUGAAUAUCCAAGAUAUUUAGAAUAGGCUUAUCCUUAUUAUAUAAGCACUUGGGCUACUAUUAUUGGGUUUUGCGUUUUAGUUUUUUAUUUCUUGUUUCAUAAAGAUUGA